AUGGUGAACAACCAAUAUGAUGCUGCCAUCUUAGGAUGUGGAGUUCUCGGCUUGACGAUUGCCCAAGAAUUAACAAGGAAAGGCUUGAAAGUCGCUUUGGUAGGUAAAGAUCUACCUGAGGAUAUACAUUCAACGGGAUUCGCAAGUCCCUGGGCGGGCGCAUCGUUCCAUUCAUUCGCUACUAACUCGGCGGAAAAACGACGAGAUACCCAUACAUUCAAGGAAUUCGAGAGGUUAGCUAGGGAGAUACCGGAACUGUGCGAGAGGAGACCAUAUAGAUAUUUUAAGAAGGAGAAGGAUGUGGGGGAAGAUCCCUGGUGGGCGGAUUUGAUGUUUGAUUACCGGCAUCUCAAAACUUCCGAAAUACCCGCUCCAUUUGCCCAAGGCGUGACAUUCGAAGCUUACACGCUCAAUACUCCCUUAUACCUUCAACAUCUCGGCAACUGGCUCCGAUCUCGCAACGUACCCAUCAUUCGCGAGCGAGUCUCAUCCCUUAAUGAGAUGUACGAUCUCCCUUCGAUAGGAAAGGUCAACCUAGUGAUCAACGCAAGUGGAUUAGGAGCAAGAUCUUUAAUAGGCGUAGAAGACUCGCUGGUUCAUCCAGCAAAAGGACAAACUAUCCUUGUUGAAGCUCCAGAUGUGAGAACCACCUAUGGCAUAGAGGGUAAACACCCAAUACCGAAUCAAUCGGUAUACAUCAUUCCUCGUCCUGGACCGGCCAAUCAUGUGAUCCUAGGCUUAAGACCUGCUAGAGAAGGUGGAUUGAGAUGUGAACUUGAACAGAGACUCAUAGGUGAUAACGAGAAUAAUGAUGCUUUACUACCGGCAAAAGGUAAAGGAAAAGGGGGUAAGAGGAAAGUAGGAGUCGUACAUGCGUAUGGAAUUGGAGGGGCGGGAUAUCAAUCUAGUCUGGGGAUAGCCAAGGAAGUAAGUGGGUUGGUAGAUCAAUGGUUGGAAGGGGAUGGAAAGGGAAAUAGGAAAGCGAAGUUGUAG